AUGUCAAGCAACAGAGCCUUUGCCAGCUGUGAAGUGUGGCAGGAAGGAGGCGAACUCGCCGACGACAGUUCCUCGACGAAACCCGAGUUCUUGAUUGAUAUGUAUGCUCAAUUUUCAAGGUACCCUCUAAGCUUCAAGGAGCAAUGCCACGUUCUAACAGAGAGCAAAACAUCCUGGUCUGUAAUAUCCAACAUGCUUUCGCAGGCGUCGGUUCCCUACCAAGUUCAGCCGUCCAUGAUCCAGGCGAUUUGUACUCGCGCUCGUGAAAUCGCCCGUGAUCCUGAGAACAAGAACCGGAAGACUAUUCGGAUGGUAGUGCAUCUAACAACUGAACAAGAACAGUUGUCGGAGGACCACGACCAAACGCUUGUGCCGCGGACAAAAGGUACACCAAUUGAAGAGCUAGAGAGAGUCAAAAUCGAAGUCUGCGGGAAGCAGUGUGUUAUAUGUUUGGAAGAGAUGCAGCGUGGUUGCGAAUCGAUUCGCAUGCCAUGCUCGCAUGACUACCACGAGAGUUGCAUAACGAAUUGGCUGGAGACGAGUCACCUGUGCCCGCUUUGCCGGUUUGAGUUGCCUGCUGCAUCCUUGUGA